AUGUCGGCUGCUGCUGCACCCGAGUUCAAGGCCUUCAAUCUCGCUCUCAUCCAGCUGGGCCAGGUCGGUGCGGAUAAGGCGGCGAACCUCAAGCAUGCACGCGAAAUGAUCUUGAAGGCGGCGAGCGGAAGCGGAGGCGCGAAGCCCAAGCCAAAUGUCGUCGUGCUGCCCGAAUGCUUCAACUCUCCGUACGGGCACACGCAUUUCCCCGUAUAUGCAGAGACGAUCGGGUACACGCCUGGAGAGCCGUACAACGUUGAGGCAUCUGCGAGCGAGUCGGUCAAGCUGCUGUCGGCGACGGCAAGGGAGGCGGGGGUAUGGCUCAUUGGCGGGUCGAUACCGGAGCGCGUCGAGGCGGACAACAAGCUGUACAACACUGCGACCGUGUACUCGCCUACAGGGGAGCUCGUCGCCACGCACCGCAAGACGCACCUCUUUGACAUCGACAUCCCUGGGAAAAUCACCUUCAAGGAGAGUGAAACGCUCACCGGCGGCACAAGCGUGAACUACUUUGAUACGGAAUUCGCCCGGAUUGGACUCGGCAUCUGUUACGAUGUGCGCUUCCCCGAGCUUGCUAUGAUCAAUGCGCGGAAAGGCUGCCAGGUCCUCAUAUACCCUGGGGCAUUUAACCUCACGACGGGGCCUCUCCACUGGGAGCUUCUGCAACGAGCAAGAGCUCUCGACCAACAAGUCUACUUCUCGAUGUGCAGUCCCGCACGAGACAUGUCAGCUGGGUACCACGCGUGGGGCCACUCCAUGGUCGUCGAUCCCAUGGGCAAGGUGAUCGCAGAGACGGAGCACGAAGAGGACAUCGUGUACGCGCACAUCGACCCGAAGACGUUCCACGACGCGCGCGCGGGGAUCCCGGUGACGGUGCAGCGGCGGUUCGACGUGUACCCCGACGUGAGCGAGGGCGUCGCCGUGGGGUCCAAGUAG